AUGGCAGAAGCGUCCAGCCAGACGCCGGCCACGGUGUCGACUCCCUCGUCGUCGGCCGCCGGCACCGUCACAGGACCCGGUACAGGGCCUCAAGGCUCUGCAUCGCACGACCACUCGGUCAAUGGCAGCCAGAACGGCCUCGAUAACAACUUGGACUCGUCGACCAAGGCUCCCAAGGACCGCAACUGCCCAUUCUGCAACCAAGCCUUUACCUCUUCCUCCCUCGGCCGCCAUCUGGACCUCUACAUCAAGCCCAAGGUGAGCAGCCCUGCGCUCCAUGCCCGCUCCAAUUGCCUUGCUAACCUCGAUGGCCGCAGANACCCCAAGCCGGCCGAUGGCAUCCACGACGUCGAAAAGAUCAAGGUUAUGCGAGGAGGCAUCACGAGACGCCAGCCGAGAAACAGUCUGAGGGCCAGUGCUAAUAACAACAGCCGUCUCCAGCACGACGACGAUGCUGCCAGCGACCGCGGCACCCCGACCGGCCAGUGGGGUCGUCGGAUGACCAUUUCGUCUCAGGACACAGCUGGCGGCGCCUCGAGCGCCAUGGGCGUCAGCCCCGUCAACCUGCGCGACUCCCGUUUCGGCCUCAACACCGCAUCCUGGCAGGGCACUGGAGUCAUUAACAAUCUUCCACCACGCAUGUCCGAUGUCUCGUCCAACCACAUGAGCCCUGCCCAGCUGCAGCGCUCCUCGCAACAAAAGGACCAAGAAUCUCAGGACAAUGCAAAGGCUGCCGAGUUGGCUCUGCGUGAACUUCUCGACAGCCUCGAGGCUGCCAGGUACUCAUUUUGCUUUUUUCACUCAUUUCUCUCCAUGCUGACCCUGUCCGUANGACGCCGAGUCUCAAACCAGGAUGUUUUCAACUUCGACUUCUGUUCCAUGAACUUCCCAUCGCUCUGUCUACACGCGCUCCCUGCUCCCCAAACUCUCUUCUCUAUGACGCCUUUUGCCAGUAGCGACUCUUGGUCUCUCGACGUUCCCUCGGAUGCCCAGCUCGAUGCCCUCCAACGCCAGAUCACACAACGUGUCCAACAAAAGCCCACGCCCACUCCUGAANAAGAUAUUCGCAGGCUACAGAUGCAUCUGCAGGCUGCUUGGAACAAUUGGUCUCCCCUCUCGGACAAAGACAAGAGCUCGACUUGGGGAAUUGAAAUUUUGCGUGCCUUUGCUCGCGCCGAUCAGCGCUCGAAAGAGAAGGACGAAGAAUUGGUCAAGGCACAACAAGAAAUCGCCCAGCUCAAGGAGCAGUUUACCCGUAUGAGCAACCUACAACUACCUCGCGAGUUCAUGCUGCAGCCUCCUGUCUCUCUACCUCUCGAUCCUGCUAUCGUCUCGGACAUGUUGACCAAAGACCAAUCUCGCGACUGGGACUAUGAUCGUCUGAUUGGCAGAUGGCGGGGCGCUGUCAAAGCUGGCAAGCUUGGAGGUGCCGCCGUUACCCUUCAACCUACACCCAACGAGCAGACUGCCAUCUCGACCCCAUCAGGCCCCUCUACCGCCCCAGCAAGAAACGCGCACCCCGCUCCGGCUCAACUGCCUGCAACCUCUCCCUACGAGACUAGAGUAAACCAAACUCCUCUCCAGAAUGGUCAUUCAUCCGCCCAUGGUGCCGCCGCUCGUCAAAUGGGUGCCCACCAGAUGGACGACGACGAAGAUGCUGACGCUGAUGCCGAUGCUGAUGCGGACGCUGACGCCGACGCUGAUGCUGAUGCCGAUGCGGAUGGCGAGGAUGCCCCAAUGACCAAUGCACCGCACUGGGGCUCUCACCCUCAGCACAGCUUCACCGAUACCCAAAUGGGCGGUAUGACUAACGCUAACGGCAAGCGCCCCCCUCCUCCCUUCGAUCGUUCAAACUCGAAGAACGCGAAGCUGUACCAUGAUAGCCCACUUCCCGAUACCGACGUCUUCGGCCAACGUGCCGUCGGUCAGGUUUAG